AUGCCUCAAUAUUUACCACUACUGAAUUCUAAUCAAGAUCGAAAAAUAUUAUCGAAUAUGAAAUGGUCUAUGUUUAUGUGCAUAUUUUUUAGCGCAAUUCUAUGUCUUGCCUAUUUUUUUGUUUUUGAUUUUCCACGUCCGAAGCAAGUUGUUCAAGAGAAAGUUGAGGAAAGCUCUACCCCUCCUCAAACUUCGACAGUGGAGCCGAAAAUCGAGCCGAAAGUUGAGCCAGAACCUAAAAAUUCAAAAAUGGCUUAUCGGGGAGAACUAAGUUCGAUGGAUGGAAUUGGCUUCAAUUUCCAAAAUAUUGAUCUAUCGCCUUUGCCAAAGUUCCAGGAACUCGAGCAAUUGCCAGAGUGCAAUUUAUUAUUUGACAAAUUGAAGCCGAAAACAAAUCCAGAGAAAUUAUUGAAAGGUUUUCAUGAUUGUGUUGAUCCAAUAUUCGAAAAUCAGCUGAAUAAAUUGAAUGCCACUGAUUUCUCGUUUGAAAUUUGUAGUGCCAUCAAAAAAUGCGAUCAUAUUUCGGAAUUUCAAGAUGUUGCUAUUGAUCAAUUCAAAAAUGAUCAUGAAAUAAAGUGGGGAAUUUUGCCGAAUUGUGUGAGUUUUUUUUUGUAGUCUGGGUACUGUAAUUUGAUUUGGGUUUUAGGAUCAUUUGUAGUUUGAUUAGAGAAAGGAACUGUAGCUUUGCAGUUCGGGUACGGUAGUUUCAUCUGAAAUAUGAUUUUGCAGUUUGAUUACUGUACUUUGACAAUUUAUUUUGUAGCUAAGGUACAGUACCAAUUUGGGUACUGUUUUUUUAUCUGAUAAAAAUAUUUUGUAGUCUAAUUACGACAGCUGAUUUUUUUCAAAAAAUGGAGUUCCAUCUAAAAAAUGUUUUGUAGGCGGAUUACUGUAACUCUAGUUGCAUUUUAAUUUGACUACUGUAGAUUUGUUGUUCGGUUACUGUAGUUUAAUUUUCAAAAAUUAGUUUGUAGUACGAUUACUGUAACUCUAGCUAGAUUUUAGUUUGCAGUUCGGAUACUGUAGUUUAAUCUGAAAAAUUAUCUGAUAGCAGUUUAGCAGUACUGUAGCUAGUGUACUGUAGUUUUAAUCAGAAUCUUUAUUUGUAGUUUGCUUACUGUAACUUUGCAUUUUGGAUACUGUAACUCCACCAAUAUUUUUUGUAGCUCGAUUACUGUAUCGCUAGAUCUUAUAGUUUGCAGUUUGGAUACUGUAGUCUAGAAAUUUUUUCAAAAAGAAAUUUUCCGGUUUUCCGAAAGCGGAAAAAACUUAUUGGAAAAAUCGAAAAAAUGUUUGGGAAAACGUUUUUCCGCACAUCGCGAUCAAACAGAUAAAAUCUUUUGUUUUUUGGGAUUUUCUAAGCUUCAGGAUUUUUCAACAGGGAACAAUUUUAAUAUUCAGAAGGAGGAAAAUGUGAUGGUAACAUUGGGAAUCGGGCACGAUGUAAAAGCCGAAGUUCUACUUCAUCGAACUCUUCCCAACACCAAAUUCUACGGAGCCGAUCCAAUCAUCGAGCCAAAUCUUCAACUCUACUCAACUUUUGGUAAAUUUUUCCCAUUUGCUCUGGGAGAUCAAGCGGGAAUGAAUCGAUUCCGUGUUUUACCAAAUCAGAAUCAGAAAACAAGAAAAUACACAUAUCAAGAUGUGACUACAGUGGAGCUAACGUAUUUUUUGAAAAAUAUUGCGAAUUUAACGCAUAUCGAUUUUCUAUGGAUUGAUAUUGAGGGAGGUGAAUUGACGUUUUUGGACUUUUUGAAUAAGGGAAAACAAUUAGAUCAGGCUGGAAUCACGAUUUGUCAAUUCAAUGUUGAGGUAUGUGCUUAGCAGGUUUUUUUAAAAAAAUAAUUUAAUUAAAAAUUUUUCAGCUUCACCCUGAUUACUUUGACAAAGGUUACGAGACUGUGUACAAUUUUAUGAAUCAAGUUCUCGGCGAAAAUCGAUAUGUUUUCCUGAAACCUAUGGAGACUGGAAAAGGGGUUUAUCGAUUGUUUUUCAUUAAUGUUGAGCAUCGAAAAUGUGUUAGGAAAUUUUUGCAAUAAAAACCUUAAUUUUUGAAUGUUUGGCUCAGAAUUUUUGCCGAAAAUUUCUAGAAACCUAGAAAUUCCAGAAGGCUGUAUUUUUUUCCAGAAUUUUUCAGCAUUUUCAGUGACCUUUAAAAUUCGUCAUUCCAAAUCAAAUAAACCUAUUCGCCCACAAAAAAAAUCAUGUUUUGUAGCUAACAUUUCGAAAACUGUAGUGAAUGUGCAAAUUGUUGUUUUUGUGGUCAAACAAACUAACUCACCUUAAUUUUUUUCGCUGUUUUUGUUGUAAAAUCCAGUCCGCCCCCUACUCACAUUGUAAAUUGGAGUGACUUGUGAUUGUUACAAUGUGAAUACAGAGUUGAAUUUUGUAUUUCCACACUCUUUACAAUUUUGGGUUAAAACUUCCUCUUCUUUUUCUCUCAUUAAUUGUUUUUUUUCGCUGUUUUUGUUGCAAAAUUGCGGCGAAAAAAAAAUAAAAUUCAAAAAACCUUUGUUUUCGCUACUCAGAAAAAAAAUUACGCAUGUGUGACGACAACAACUAGUGUGUAACAAGCCCCACCACUGAAUACAGCAGUUUCACAAGUGGUACAGAAACAAUACCAGUCGCACCAGUGUGUCCCAACUUGUCACACACUUGUGAAAAAUAAAUUUGAAUUCGCGGGCAGCACACAAACUGCGCACGCUUGUACGAGUCCCCACAACAGUUUUACUAGUCUGCACACACUUGUCACACACUGGUAAAUCACUUCAGGCAGCGCGUUUCAUCGAGCGAAAAUAUUUUCAUUUUCUUUUCAAUUUUCGGUCUAAACCUGAGUUUUUUUGCUGUUUUUGGGGGUUUCUCAUACUUUUCUUUUCUCAUAUGUGUACAAUUAUAACUUCUAUCAGUUUCUAUUUUAACACUGUUCAAAAUUUCAGCCGAUUCAGUCCCGUUUUGGAUCGAAAUAGAGUUUUUGGAAUGGAUUCAAUCAGUUUCGGUUGACAUGUGCAGUUCUCUGAUUGUCAGGUUGGUUUUUAUUGAAAAACUAAACUUAAAUAGCAAUUCCCUAUUUUUUUCAGAACCGGUCAGCUUUCAAAAUUGCUUAUUUUCGGGAAAUCGAACAAAAAAUGGGAAUCGCCGUCAUUGGAAUUCAACAAACAAUACAAAGGUUAGUCAAGUAAAUUUUAAUGGUCGUGAAGUUGCUAUAUGAUUUGAAAAUAAGUUUUGAGAUCCAAAAAAUCAUCCAAAUCACAAAAACUCUAAUCAUUUGACAAGUAUCAUCAAAAAUAACUUCAGAGAGGAAACAAAAGUAAUUUGGGGAUUUAUAAUUUAAAAUCUAUGAGAAAAUAAUACAAACCAAGCAUUUCACCAAAAUAAGUUUUUCAAAAUAUUCGAAAUGUAAACUGUUCCUUUUUCAGAGUCGAUCUAA